AUGAAUGGUGAAGAGCGGAGCUAUGGUUGGGUACGACCAACGUCACGACAUUUAUCACGUGAGAUUGUGCAUCGCUAUGGUGUGAGAAAUUCUCGAAGUUUCGUGAGCAAAUACUCCUAUGGUGCACGGUUUAAGCCUGGUUCUUCAAUAUCGUGGCAAGCAGAGUUACUUUAUACAGAGGGUUACAAUUGUCGGAUGUUAGUUAAGCCACCCAGACCAAAUGAUUAG